GGCGCACUUCCGCUUCCGGGUGAGGCGAGGCAAGAUGGCGGCGGCCGGCGACAGUGCGGAGGAGGCGGCGGUGGUGGAGGGGGCGCUGCCGUGCGAGGUGGAGGUGCUGGAGUCCAUCUACCUGGACGAGCUGCAGGUGUCGAGGGGACGCAGCAGGUCCGAGCCCUGGGAGAUCUGCAUCACCCUGCACCCGGCCACCGCCGAGGACCAGGACUCGCAGUACGUGCGCUUCACCCUCGGGCUCGCCGUGCCCCCGCAGUACCCCGACGAGGCGCCGAAGAUCUCCAUCCGCAACCCGCGGGGGCUGUCGGACGAGCAGAUCCACAAGAUCUCGCAGACGCUGGGGCAGGUGGCGGAGGCCGGGUUGGGGACGGCGGUGCUGUACGAGCUGAUCGAGAAAGGGAAGGAGAUUCUCACCAACAACAACAUCCCUCACGGCCAGUGCGUGAUCUGCCUCUACGGCUUCCAGGAGCGAGAAGCAUUCACAAAGACCCAUUGCUACCACUACUUCCACUCGCACUGCCUCGCCCGCUAUGCCCAGCACAUGGAGCAGGAGCUCCGCGCCCAGCAGGGCCAGCAGGAACCACACCUGGCACCGCUGCCUGAGCAGGGACCUGGAGUGCAGUGCCCCGUGUGCCGGGAGACGCUAAUCUAUGACCUCUCAGCGCUGCAGGCUGCACCGCCCCCACAGCACCCCUUGGAGCAAUACAGGCCCGAUGCAGAGGCACUGCGGCAGCAGGCGGAGCUGCACCUCAUCUACAAGCGGCAGCAGAGGAAGGGGGGCAUCAUCGACCCAGAGGCUGAGAGGAACCGCUACUUCAUCAGCCUGCAGGCACCUCCAGCUGCCUCUGAACCAGGCCCUGUCCCCCCACUCGAGCUGCCAACCCCAGGGGCUCCUGAGCUGCCCUGCCAACUCACAGGUGGUGUGUCAGACCCACCUGAUCCCUCUGGAGCCCCUGUGCUGAAGGGAGAAGCCAGGCCCCCAGACACCACGUCUGUGCCUAUGGAGCAGCAGAACAGGAGAGAGCGGCGACCAGGGUCCAGGGGCCAGCCCAGGCCUGCAGGCAGCGCCUCAGAUACUUACUACCGAGCCCGAGGGUUUGGCCGGAGACCGGAGCGGUGGGAGGACAGGAGCCAGAGGGCCACCGGGCGCUGCAGCCAGGAGCACCCCCGGCUGCAUGCCAGAGCCCAAGCGUCUGUCUGUGCCAACAAGGAAGAGCCAUGCCAGGACAGCGCCCCAGGGGCGACAGUUGUGAAGGAGGAGAGCAGUAGCGAAGGGGCCUGGAUGCCAGAGCAGGCACCCAGCACCCGAAGCCAAGAGAAGGAGAAUCUGACGCUGAACCACUCCAAGCCCCGGCCCUCCCCCAGCUGGCAGGGCCCCUCCCCGACAUGGGACUGCGGGAGGUGGGGGAAGGCCCGGGAGCGCGGCGCCCACCCCCGUGGGCCUCGAGGGAGGGGGGCCUUCCGGCCCGGCAGCAGGCGUGAGCCCCGGGUCCUGGAGACCGAGAGCGGCUCCUAGCAGGAGUGGCCAGGGGCCGGGGCAAGGGUGGGGGAGACUAAUAAAGGUUCUGUUGGCCUAGCAGCACCCAGCUUCGCCCCCGUAGAGAAGUGGGGGCAGCCCGGAGCUCUCUGGGGGACAGCACCAGUGCCUGGCAGGGUCUGGGGCUGAUCGUGGGACCGUCUUUGUCUCAAGGAGCUGGGGGCUGCUGGAUCACUGCUGUCAGCAAGGGGCUGGUGCUGAUGCAGCACCCUGGUCCGACCUGCAGCCCUUUGCCAGGCUGAUUCCUGCGGGUGCCAGCUAGCGCACUGGCCUCCCUGCCCAGCCCUGCUGAGCUGCAGCAGCCAUGCCCACAGGCCCCCUGGAUGAGAGCACUGAAGCAGGGCUGGGGCCUUCCCCAGGGUCCUGGCCGACUUUGCUGGUGCUAGCGCUUCUCUGGUGCACUGGUUACCUGGAGCCAGGAGCAUCUCUUCAGCCGUGAGCUCGUGGCCAGCCUGGAGCUGGGGCAGAGACUCCGAUGCUGCCGCGUUCCUGCUGGAGCCCCUGCUGUCUCGGGCUCCCUGGAGAGGGCGGCAUUGUUUUCCUGGCGCAGCAAUAGCUCCACGCUGCACAAGGCUAAUUACCAUUAGCCUCGCCUUCCCCAUUAACACCUCGCACCUUUGCCCCCCAACCUAGCCCCCUGUCUCAGCUUCUAGGUAACGCAUGGGCCCAUCUUAGCCCAGUGCCAGCGUGGCAGUGCUCCUCUUCAGCACGGUCCUCCAUCACCCCUGUGUCAGCACACGCUUGGCUUUCAGCCCCAGGGACAGUGGGCAAGCCUGGGCACCUGCCUGGCCCUUCACUUCUCAUCCUGAUUUGCUGCUGCCUGAGCUGGAAGGAGAUUCCCACAGGAUCCCUGCUGCCCUGGCACCGGCUGAGCUUUCCUUCCUGCACCUGGAUGUACGUGAUCUGCCACUGGGCAUUGGAUCUCGUGCUCUGUCACAGCUCCUUUGUGGCCUGGGGACGAGGCUGAAGCCAUCACAGCCAGCUUGGAGCUGAGCCAUUUGGUGCCAGAGCCCCAGCCAGAUCUAGUGCAGGAUCUGGUUUCAGUCCUGGAGGGCUGGGCAUGAAGAUUAAAGUCCCCCCUUGGGUGCUCGAAGGCAGCAGCCGGCAGGACCUGGGACACAGCAGCUGAAGGAUGAAGCCUUCCCGCAGUGGCUGGGACCCGCAUCAACUCCAUUUCAACCUCCUGCACCCUGAGACCAGGCUUUUGGUCUUUGCCUUGAUUUCCCCAGUUGCCAAAUGGGCCUAACUGUACUGACCUACCUCACAGGGCUGGGGGAGGCUGAGCGCACCGGUGCUGUGCCCACAAUUAAUAGUAUUAAAAGUAAGUGGAGUGAC